AAACGCGAGGGUUGAAGGCAGAGAGGGGCCACGUUCGGUCAAUAAUAAAAGUCGGAAAUCAGAGGGACGCCCUAUUCGCUUUUCUUACAUUUUUUUGCAUCUGGCGCCGAGAGAUUGGGAAAGAGGCAAACAAAACCCCUCUCCUUCCCAUUUCUCUCUCGCUCUUCUUCAUUUCCUUUCUCUCUCAGUUUCAUUUCCUUUUCCUCUCUCUCUCUCUCCCCCCUCCAUGGCAAUUUCCGACAAAUCUUCGCGUCAGUCUCUGAUCCCUAGCUUCCUCUAUUCCUCCUCUUCCGGCAGGACUCUUGCGCUCGAGAAAAUACUCCACGCAGCUUCUUCUUCUUCGUCUCCCGCUGUUUCCAAUGCCGAAACGGUGUUGCCGAGGAAGAGCUUUGUGAUUGCGGCUCCCAGCGAGCCUUCCAAGAAGAUCGAGUUGUACUCUCCGGCUUACUACGCCGCCUGUACGGCCGGAGGCAUUCUCAGCUGCGGUCUCACUCACAUGGCUGUCACUCCUCUUGACCUUGUCAAGUGCAAUAUGCAGAUCGAUCCUUUAAAAUACAAAAGCAUCUCAUCAGGUUUUGGAGUUUUACUUAAGGAGCAAGGUCUUAGAGGCUUCUUCAAGGGAUGGGUGCCUACUCUACUUGGUUACAGUGCUCAGGGUGCUUGCAAGUUUGGAUUCUAUGAAUUUUUCAAGAAGUACUACUCUGACAUUGCCGGACCUGAGUAUGCUGCUAAGUACAAGACCUUGAUCUACCUUGCUGGUUCUGCAUCUGCUGAGUUCAUUGCUGAUGUUGCACUUUGCCCCUUUGAGGCGGUGAAGGUCCGGGUCCAAACACAGCCUGGAUUUGCUAGGGGUUUAUCAGAUGGCCUUCCCAAGUUUGUCAAAUCGGAAGGGACACUCGGGUUGUACAAGGGUAUUGUUCCACUCUGGGGUCGCCAAAUACCAUAUACCAUGAUGAAAUUUGCCUCAUUUGAGACCAUUGUGGAGAUGAUCUACAAGUAUGGUGUCCCCACACCAAAGGACCAGUGCAGUAAAAGUCUACAGCUCGGUAUUAGUUUUGCUGGUGGAUACGUGGCCGGCGUUCUCUGUGCUAUUGUGUCUCAUCCAGCUGACAAUCUUGUGUCUUUUCUCAACAAUGCCAAAGGGGCAACUGUUGGUGAUGCUGUAAAGAAGAUGGGUUUGGUGGGUCUCUUUACCCGUGGACUUCCUCUCCGUAUUGUUAUGAUUGGGACACUUACUGGAGCUCAAUGGGGUAUCUACGAUGCAUUCAAAGUUUUUGUGGGACUGCCAACCACUGGAGGUGUAGCUCCUGCUGCCCCGGCUACUGAGCUUGCAAAGGUGUAAAAUGUUUGGACGAUCAUCAGUUGUGGUAUUCUUGUUCUGUGGGACUCGGAAAAAACGUCUUCGAAAGGAUUAAAUAAACAUAGGAUUGUUGAAGUUGCUUAAAUGGCUCUCAAGCUACAGUGAGAGAUUAUUUGUUUUACAUUACGGAACUUGUCUCCAAUUUUUCUUUUGACUAAUUUUGUUUCUUAAGGAGGGUAGUUUUGUCUCAUCCUUUUGAAAGAGUUUUUGUAGUUAGAUCACAAUAUCAUUUGCAGUUUGAUGUGAGGAUCAUUACGCCCCCCACCUCUCAGAGUAGGCAGCAACCAAAAAAAAAAUAAUAAUAGUAAUAAUAAUAUUUUGGAUACUGGGGGGUAUUUCAUAUUUUCAUUGCUAUUAAAAGGCAUGGGAUCUAUGCCUUUGUACGUUAUAGUUUCAGUUUAUUUGAGGGUUCUUAUGUUUGAGCUUUCCUGCAA